CAAUUAUUACUAAGGACCACAUGAGUGAAAGGGGGAACUUUUUUGUAUUACCUCAGUUCUUUGGCUGAGUGAAUCGGUGUUCAACAAGUGUCUGAGUUCUCUAAGAAUCACACUUUCUCAAAGACUAUUUGUUUACUUUACUGUGUAAACAGUUUGCUUACUCCUCAUUGAAACCUUGACGUCGCUGACAAAAGGUAAUGAAAAUUUUUACACGCGCGUGACUUUAAUUACUACGACUAUUAUUCUGCGUAAAUCAGCGUUCGUAUUCUAGGCGGUAAUUUGUUUUAUUUGAACAGGCAAACCCGGCUGCAGGCGACAGAGGCUUCACCUGCGCGGGUUUGUUUGAUUUGAUCAUCAAGUAUCCUAACUGGUGUUCAAGAACAUUCACCUUUGUUUAAUCUGGAACUAAAUAGGCCUACGUUUCGAAAUGUAUAGUUUGAUGGAGCAUGAGUUGAAAACUUCUGGACACCCGCAGUCGCACCACAACGGCCAGGGCAUGUCCCCUAUGGCUGGAAACACUCAUACAGGGUCCAAAAACGCUUGUCCACCCGGUGGAGACCCUAUGGAUAAGGUCAAAAGACCUAUGAACGCUUUUAUGGUGUGGUCGCGGGGUCAGCGGCGCAAGAUGGCACAGGAGAACCCCAAGAUGCACAAUUCGGAAAUCAGCAAACGCUUGGGAGCUGAGUGGAAGUUGCUCACGGACGCCGAAAAGAGGCCAUUCAUUGAUGAGGCCAAGCGUCUCCGUGCAGUCCAUAUGAAGGAGUAUCCCGACUACAAGUACAAGCCACGUCGUAAAACCAAGCCUCUGCUUAAGAAGGAUAACCAGAUUGGCAAAUAUCCAUUGUCAGCCGGCAACCUGCUGGCAGCUGCGGCAGCCCAGGGAUCAGGUGGAAGCCCGAGAAUGGACAGUUAUGGCUGGGGACCCGCGGGGGGUUAUGCGGGCAUGCAGGGAGAGACACUUGGUUAUCCACAGCAACUUCAUCGCUACGAUUUAUCAGCCCUGCAAUACCCGUCCUCUAUGGCAGCCGCUCAAAACUACAUGAAUGGCGUUAAUUCUUACAGCUCCAUGCCCUACAGUAACAGCCCCCAGCAAGGGAGUCCGGUGAUGUCCAUGGUGAAACCAGAGCCCAUUGCUCAUUCUCCAACUGGGGCCCCAAACCACCACCGUGGCCCUCUCCAGGGGGACCUGAGGGACAUGAUCAGCAUGUACAUCCCCAGUGGCGACACAAGUGACCCUAAUGCCCAGAGAGGCUACUCCAGUGUACAGCAGCACUAUCUUGGGGGAACUGUGCCACUCACUCAUAUCUAACGAACACUGCAAAGAGAAGACAUGUCCACAGGACACCUUCCGGAGGCCAGGUCUGCACUCCCCGUCUUCCAAUCACAAAGACCACCCGCCUCCUUAUUAACAACGCUAGUGAACAGUGACUGAGAUGGGCUAAAGAGCUACCUCCUCUCUCUCCAGUCUAUGGUUUGUUCUUCACGCUGCUGUUGGUGUCCAGUCAUGUGUUGUGGACUGGCCCUCUCUGAGUCCCACUGUUUUAAGAAUGCUGCUUGGUGAUACUCUCUUGAAGUCUUGCCAUGUAUGAAGGUCUGGUUUACAUAAUGUUUUUAUGUGAUUUUAUAAGUGUGUGUGUGUGUGUGUGUGUGUGUGUGUGUGUGUGUGUCUUUGUUUGUGUGUGUGAGAAAGAGAGACGGACAGAGGGAGAGUGCAUGUGUACCAUGCUCCUUUUAAAUACACAUACACAAUUCCCUUUUUACGUAGUUUAAAAAUCUUGAAACUCCACAAUGUACCCUUGUACGUUCUGGCAACGCAAAUGGUUGUUUGUACAGAUCAAGGUAGAUUGUCCCAUAAACAUGUUGGCACAAAUGUCUUUUAAAUGACAUUUAAGACAUUGAUUAACCAGAGAUCUGAUGCGCCGUAAUCGAUCAAAUUGACAACAUGGACACUGAAAGUUUGGUCUGAAGUCAGUGUCAUUCAAAUAAAGUCUGUAAUUUGUAUUUUUAAGGCAUUUAGGAAGAGACCCACAAUUUAAUCACCUGAAGCCUUUCUUAUUGUUCACUACAUUGAACUGCUGAUAUUCGGUGAGAUUAUUGAAAAGUUAUUUUAAUUUUAACAUGUGACCAGAAUUAUCUACUCUGGUUUUAUUUUGAAAAUGUGCAUGCUCAGAUCUGUAUAGCACUACAGUGGAAUCCUGUGGGUUUCUUUAGUGGACACUGGCAUAUCUUGCCAAGACACUGUGAUCACUCCAAAUAGACUUGCCAUGGUGUUUCCCCGUAAAUGUUUGUGGUGUGCCUUUUUUCUUUUUUUUUUUUUUUUUUAAAACUACUGGCCACAUUUGUAAACAGAGUGCUUAGAUUUUUACUGUUGCAUUCUUUUGCACAUUGUGUAUCUUUUGUAAAGUGAGUUGUGAUUCAACAUAUUGUCUUGUCCUCUUAUUUCACACGGAAGAUGUAAAUGUGAGUGGAGACGCUGAAGUGUUGAUUCUCUAAUAGUUUUAAAAUGUACCCAGCUCAAAUUGAACCGUAAAUUAGUAAUGAGGUUCUCACUCCAUCAACAAGUCAACUUUAGCUACACAGUUGUUUUAGUGACUAGGCUACCGCUCUGUUGAGGGGAUCAGCUGUUAAUGUGCAUCGAAACCUGGGAAGAGUCAUCAAAAUAAAAUGCGUUGACGUACACAUCUUCAGAUUUGAAAUUGAAAUCUGAUAGUUUUGCAGUGGACUGUAACUCAAUCUCACUUGCCAUUUAAAAUGUGUUUCCUAAUGAGUUUCUCUUAAUGUUGUACUUUAUGUUGACCUGAUCCAGAAAAAGGAGACUGUUUACAUUUGCGGCCUAAGUGUGCACUGUGCAACUUUUUAUGGUAUAACUUUCUUUAUUUUUUAAAUAUUUUAAUCUUUCAUGUAAAUACAAUGAGAGUUUAGUCUCACACCUGUGUACAGUUUGAAGCCCUCUGUUUCAAUGAUGCCUGCUAUUUUUUUGUGAAGAGAAAUGUUUAGUCUGAAUAGAGGGUUACACCACAAAAAUGUUAAUAAAAAAAUUAAAAGCAAGAAAGUGUUGUUGUGAAGAA